UAAGGGAGGAGGAGGAGGAUGCUGCAGGCACCGGACCGGAGCGACCAGGGCAGCCGGGCCCGGAGCGGCGCCAUGGCUCAGACCAAGGGCACUGUGGUGCUUGCCUACAGUGGAGGCCUCGACACCUCGUGCAUCCUGGUGUGGCUGAAGGAGCAGGGCUAUGGUGUCAUUGCCUACCUGGCCAACAUUGGGCAGAAGGAAGAUUUUGAGGCAGCACGCAAGAAAGCUCUGGCACUGGGGGCUAAAAAGGUUUACAUCGAGGAUGUCAGUAAGGAGUUCGUGGAGCAGUUCAUCUGGCCUGCGGUGCAGGCCAAUGCUCUCUAUGAGGACCGGUACCUGCUGGGCACUGCGCUGGCUCGGCCCUGCAUUGCCCGCGGGCUGGUGGAGGUGGCCCAGCGGGAGGGAGCCCAGCACGUCGCCCAUGGGGCCACCGGCAAGGGCAAUGACCAGGUUCGGUUCGAGCUCACCUGCUACGCUCUCUGUCCUAAGAUCAAGGUCAUCGCACCAUGGAGGAUGCCUGAGUUUUACCAGCGCUUCCCUGGGCGCCGCGAGCUGAUGGACUAUGCCAAGAAACACGGGAUCCCGGUGCCCGUGACACCCCAGACACCCUGGAGCAUGGAUGAAAACCUCAUGCACAUCAGCUACGAAGCCGGGAUCCUGGAGAACCCCAAGAAUCAGGCUCCCCCUGGGCUCUACAAGAAGACCCGUGAUCCGGCCACCUCUCCCGACACCCCGGAUGUGCUGGAGAUCGAGUUUGAGCGGGGUGUCCCUGUGAAGGUCACCAAUGUUGGGGAUGGAGCCACUCGUUGCACAGCACUGGAGCUCUUCGUGUACCUGAAUGACAUCGCGGGCAAGCAUGGAGUCGGGCGCAUCGACAUCGUGGAGAACCGCUUCGUUGGGAUGAAGUCCAGAGGUAUCUAUGAGACCCCAGCGGGAACGAUCCUACACCACGCGCAUUUAGAUAUCGAGGCCUUCACCAUGGACCGGGAAGUACGGAAAAUCAAGCAGGGACUCGCCUUGAAAUUCGCCGAGCUGGUUUACAAUGGCUUCUGGCACAGCCCCGAGUGUGAGUUCCUCCGGGAGUGCAUUGGGCGCUCGCAGGAGGCUGUGGUGGGCACUGUGCGUCUCUCUGUGUUCAAGGGGCAGGUCUACAUCCUGGGCAGGGAGUCCCCGCGCUCCCUGUACAACGAGGAGCUGGUGAGCAUGAAUGUGCAAGGGGACUACGAACCUGCUGAUGCCACCGGCUUCAUCAACAUCAACUCACUGAGGCUGAAGGAAUAUCAUCGUCUCCAGAGCAAGGUCACCGUACAGCAGGAUGAAUAGCAAUCAAUCGCGCUGGAGCCUUCCCUACUCCCCCCUUUUCUGAUUCCCCUUCAGAACUAGCGCUAAUUGUGGUGGUAAUUUGGGAUUGUAACUUGUCCUCCCGGAGGUGAUGGCUUUGUUACGGGGCAGCAAGUGAAAUGCAAUCAUUAAAUAAAGGUGGUUGGCCGGAG